AUGAAGCACGGCCUAAUCUCAGCCCUUUUGGGCUCUGCAUUUGUUGGUUUUGCUCUGGCAGAUCUUGGGAAAUGGAUGGGAGGAGGUGAUUGCCCCUGGGGGGGUAAAACAGCCAGUGGAUCUCAUCCUCAAAGAGACAUCCCAGAUACUGGUGUGACAAGAUAUUAUGAUUUCACUGUUGCUCGCGCGACAAUGGCUCCUGAUGGAGUCUCGGUACCCAUGAUCGUGGUUAACGGACAAUUUCCCGGGCCAAUGAUCGAAGCAAACUGGGGUGAUUGGAUUGAAGUCAACGUUCACAACGAAAUCUAUGGCCCCGAAGACAUGACGAUGAUUCACUGGCACGGCUUAAACCAGCCUGGCACACCAUACUACGACGGCGUUGCCACCGUGGAUCAAUGCCCAAUUGUUCCUGGGUCCAGCUUGACCUACCGAUUCCGUGCAGAUGAGUACGGUACUUCGUGGUAUCACAGCCAUUAUUCUGCUCAAUACUCCUCGGGAGUUAUGGGACCGAUUGUGAUUCACGGUCCAAAUGACGUCGAGUACGAUAUUGAUCUCGGCCCAAUUGUAGUUACGGAUUGGUUUCACGAUACAUACGACCACAUCGUUGAUCUCGUGUUGGCUCCCACCGACACUAAUCUUCCCUAUCGACCUUUUUCUGAUUCCAACCUCGUCGGUGGUGUUGGCCAGUAUCCCUGCUCCAAUAUCACUGACGGUACCCCUUGUACCACUGUCCCAUAUGCAAAGUGGGAGUUUCAGCCGGGCAAGAAGCAUCUUCUCCGUUUCAUCAACACGGGCGCCACGGCUUUCGAAACCAUCUCUAUCGACGGGCAUACCAUGACAGUCAUUGCCAACGACUUUGUCCCUGUCCAGCCGUAUGAUACCGAAUUUGUGACUCUCGGCGUCUCGCAACGCGUCGAUGUCGUGGUCACUGCCAAUGCUGCACCGGGCAACUACUGGCUCCGCGCCUGGAACAGCCCUCAAUGCGGCGACAGCAACGCUCCUGACGGUCGCGGUAUUAUCUACUAUUCCGGUGGUGAUCCCGCUGCCGCUCCGACCAGCUCCGGCAACCCAGCGCCGGAAAACCGAUUCUGCCAGAACGACAACCUCGCCACUACCGUGCCUCAGUAUGCGAUUCCAGUUGCCAAUCCCGACACCACCAUCACGCUGACUGUUACCGGUGCCCCCGACGCCACGGGCGUGUUCCACUGGCUAUUCAACGGUGUCACCUACGUCGGUAAUCUCGAGAUGCCCUUGCUGCUCGCAGCCGUCCAAGCCCAAACCGCCUUCCCACCAGAAAACAACGUCUACAACACCGGCACCAACGGCACCGUGCGCGUCGUCAUCAUCAACAACCUCCCUGCUCCCCACCCCAUGCACUUGCACGGGCACGACUUCCAAGUCCUCGCCGAGGGCUCCGGCACCUGGGACGGUUCGAUCGUGAACCCGUCGAACCCCCAGCGCCGCGACGUCCACAUGCUCUGGGCCGGCGUCGGCGGCGCUAACGCCGCCCCUCCCAACUACAUCGUCAUCCAAUUCGAGCAGGACAACCCGGGCAUCUGGCCCCUCCACUGUCAUAUGGCCUGGCACUUGAGCGCGGGCAUGUCAAUCAUGAUUUUGGAGAGGCCCGAGGAGUUAGCUCAAAUCAAAGUCCCUGAUGCCGUCUCUGCGACCUGCGACAUCUUCAAGCAGUGGCAAUCGGCACAUCCGACGACGGAGCUUGAUGGGCUCAAGAAGCGCAAUAUGGCGGAGCGCAUGGUCGAAUUCAUGAAGGGCGGUAAGGGCGGGCAUGUCAGCCAUGUCGAUAAGCAUCGCAAACGUGGCGUGAGAGGUUGGGAUCAUCAUCAUAUUGACUAUGAGCCGUGGACGGGCGAGAAGGGCACCGGCACGGUCGAGCGCAACAUGAUUCCCGAGAGUCUGAGGAAGAGAGACGAAGUGUAA